CGCCACACUCCACGCACGCACCUGGCACUAGGAAGCAGCCGGGCUCCGCCUAGACGCCGCGCUUGAUAAGAGCGCGCGAGCACGCUGUGCCUGCCUGCCUGGCUGGGUCUUGUGACCUGUGGCCUGCGGUGGUGGUGGUGGUGGUGGUGGUGCUGUGGGUGGUUGGGCGUUGGCGUGGUGAGAGGCGCUAGGUAUGUGGUAGGUAGGUAGGGCGGGGGAGGGAGGAGUCAGAGGGUGUGGGAUGGGGUGGAGUGGGGUGAGGUGGGGUGGUUAUGCUGUCUGGUUGGGAGUGUGUGGUGGUGAAGGUGGUGGGUGGUGAGGAUGGUGAAGAUGGAGGUAGGUAGGUACGCAGCGGAGAAGAACAGAUGAGCAAACACCACGAUACAGCAGGACGGCUCAGCAUGGACGGGAGAUGCUGUACCGCCCCGCCGCGCUCCUGACAAGCACGCAUACGCAUCGCGUUCCCGCACCCUACCCUGCUUUACCCUACCCUACUAUUUCUAGCACCUACACGCACACAGCACAGAAAAAGCAAAAAGCAAAAGCAAACCACACACCCACCCCAUCCGUCUCCACGCCCCUACUACGCCUCCCCACACCCACACACACCCACACCAGCACAAAACCCCGCACAGCCCACAGCCUCCAGCCCAAACAGGCAACUGAGCACGUGUCUCGCUUACUACUAAGAUUACAAGCACUCCUCUACAUACCCAGCCUACCCACCUAUCAACAUCAUCACUAACACUACUAUUAAUACUACUACCACCAGCACUAGAGCCUAGUAGGAGGAUAUCUGUAUUAGCUAACUAAGCAAGUAAGCAACUAAUCAAGUAACUAAUUAACUAACUAAGCAAGCGCACACAGCCUAACCAUCCAUCCAUCCAUCCAUCCAUCCAAGCAGAUAAAUACAUAAAUAAAUAAAUAAAUAAAUAAACACCUACUUAUCUACCUACCUACCUCUCUGCUGCCGCUACCGCUACCGCCAGCCAAAUAGGUAAUCGACAAUAAGGGAAUCUAUAAAGUAUGAAUAGCUAGGUCGAUACGUAGGCAGCUAACUAAACAGACAGACAGAUUGAUAGAUAGGUAG